AUGGCGAGCGAGCUUAACCAGGAGAUUGAAUACGUUCCACCACCCUACUAUAAUGAACAAAACUACGCAUACGAAUACGAUCCGAACGAUAUAAAUAUUGGACAUUUAUCGGUAAAUGAGAAUGUACAGCGAGCUCAUUCACCAGCCUUGAACGGUUAUACCAAUCCAGACGCUGCGUCCAUGUACUCGCAGAGCUCAGAUCCACGUCUAUCCCAGGGCGCUUUUCCCGCUUCGUUUAACCCCAUGUUCGUAGCUAGGCCACCGGAGCCUGAGUCUGCUGCCGAUGACGGCAGGUCUAUAAGGUCUUUCGAUACAGCUUCAGUGAAUAACCAGUUGCCCGUCGCGAACGCACCAAUGGUGCCAAACUUUUAUGCAGGUGCUGCGCCUCAAAUGAUGCCUUACAGCGGCUAUCCUCCCUUUUAUUCAAAUCCUGAUAAUGUUUAUACCUCCCCUCAUCCGCAGAUGUACUCGUCGAUACCACCUGGAUACAACAUUCCUCCCCCGCCACCAAUGCAGACUAGCCAGAACAGGUCAAAGACGUCGUUGAGCAGUCUAAGGACUCCUACGCUACCUACGAGGCAGCCAAAAACUCAAGUUAAGAAUGAAAUGCCUUACAAUCGGGCCUUUGUCGAUGAUUACAGGACUAGAGUUAAGGGCGAUCCUGAUCCAGAGGCUCAGUUUGCUUAUGCGAGAUAUUUAAUUACUGCUGCUAAAAAGAUUUACACGGACGAAUCUCCAGCAAACCCCAAAUCUGCUCAUAAAUACAGAGACUCGUUACUCGCAGAGUCCAUCAAGGUUACAAAAAAACUAGCGACUCAACUAAAGCCAGGUUAUGUCGAGGCUCAGUUCUUUCUUGCAAAUUGCUUGGGUUCGGGGUCUUUAGGUUUGCAGACAGAUCAGCAGAAGGCAUAUGAUCUAUAUAUAACUGCCGCCAAGAGGAACCACGGACCAUCGACAUACAGAGCUGCUGUGUGUAAUGAACUAGGUGUUGGUACUAAGAAGGAUGUAGCAAGGAGCUGUGAACUAUACAGAAAAGCUGCGACUCUGGGUGAGACUGCCGCAAUGUACAAAAUCGGUGUUAUACUACUUAAUGGGUUGUUGGGAGUGAAUAGGAAUGCAAAGGAUGCUAUUAUUUGGUUCAACAGGGCUGCUCAGCAGGCUGACGAGGAAAACCCACACGCCUUGCAUGAAUUAGCUUUGUUAUAUGAACAUCCAGUUGCUGGUGCUUUGGUGCAAGAUGAUAAUGUGGCAUUUGAUCUGUUCAGUCAAGCUGCACAGUAUGGCUAUGCACCAAGUCAGUUCAAGCUGGGUACUGCGUAUGAGUACGGUAACUUGACAUGCCCCGUUGAUCCAAGAAGGUCGAUUGCGUGGUACACACGCGCUGCUGAAAAGGGCCAUUCUGAAGCGGAGCUCGCGCUAUCUGGUUGGUAUUUGACGGGCUCUGAGGGUGUUCUCAAACAAUCGGAUGCUGAAGCUUUCCUUUGGGCCAGAAGAGCAGCCAAUCAAGGACAAGCUAAGGCUGAGUAUGCUGUUGGAUACUACUCUGAAGUUGGCAUUGGAGUGAAGCAGGACUUAGAGUUGGCUAAGAAGUGGUACUUGAGAGCUUCACAGAAAGGCAAUCAAAGAGCGUCACAAAGAAUAGCUGAACUGAAGAGAUUAGGAAAUCAACGCAAAAAUGGUAAUAGACCUACACGCCAGCAAGCUAGAGAUGAAGGAUGCAUAAUAACGUAA